ACUUGAUUCAAAAUUAUUUUUUUUUACGAAGCUUAUUACCAAAUUUCAAGCAAUUCUGUUUUUAUUUUUUAACUGAUUUUACAAUGUCUGGAAGAACUAUAUUUCUUGGCAAGAGCUCAGAGAGCAAUCCCAUUUGUAUUGAAGUUAGUACCGAAUUUGCUGAUACCCUGGCAAAAAAGGUAGCUGAACAUGUUAUAAUGGAAAUAUUUUCCAUUACAAGGCAUAACGAAGAACUUAUGUCUGAAGAUGUUAAAAACAUAACGGCUAAUGGACUUGACAAAAUGGCAUUAUGUGGUAACACCGUGACAAAUGGUACUGCCUGCAAAUCUAUGAUUACCACAGACUGUUAUGUGGAUUCCAAUCGUAUUAAAUCGGCUGCUUCUAAUCCGUACUUAAAUUUUAUUCACGAUUUUGAAAAACGUAACAAUUGCAGAUUAUCAGAAGACAAUUUACCACAAGUACUUGGCGAAUGGGAUGAACUAAAUGAUGAUAGAAAGUUAGCCUAUAUAAAGGAGGCGUUUUUGAAAAAGUUGAUGGGAAACAAAGAAAUUCCUAAGAAACCUAUCAAUUCUAAUGAAUCUACACCAAAUGUAGAUGAUGCAGAACUUUUUACGAGUAAGGCAACACUACCUAAACGUCAGCGUAAAGUUCCAAAAGGUAGACGUAAAACACCUAAAAAGCGCAAAGCAGGAAAGAAGGUUGCUGGACGUCGUAAGUCAGCUCGUGGUAAAGGUCGCUAGCUUCAAACAAUAGUAAACUUAAGCUCUUUGAUCAAAAAAGAAGAAUUUCAAUUGUUGAAAUCACUAUGAUCGACUUUUAAUUCAUCAACAGGAGCUUUAAAAAUUCAAAAAGAAAUAAUAAGAACAACUAUUUUAUAAGAAUUAUUUCUUAAGUUCAAAAAAUCUGUUUUAUGGACUUAAUAAAUAUUUUAAGUUUAAAUAGCAGAGAUUUAUGUGAAAAGGAAAGAAAAUGAUUUAUGAAAUAAAUAUAUUUUAUUAUAAUAUUUUAUAGAUUAUAAUUUAAUCUAUUGUAUUAAAUUCUAUAAUUGUAAAGUAAACAUGGAGUGAUGAUGGUCCUAAAUCAUAUAUUAUUACUUCAUUCAUUACAAAGAAACAACGAACUAUUGAUAACUAUUUUGGACUUCAAGUUGCAUAUUAUAAUUUUAUUAAUACGCUUUGGAGGAAAAUGAUUUAUUAAUUAACUUUGUGUUUUUUUUUUAUUUAAAAAAAUAAAAAAUAUAUACAUGCAUUCAUACAAAGAUGGUCUGGAGGAACAAACCUCAACUAUUCAAAACAAUUCGGCUAAAGAACUAUAUGGUUAAUAUAAAUGAAAACUAUUUGUAACGUAAGGACAUUGAGCUAAUUCUACCAAUACAAAAUGAAUCAAUGAGUUUAAUAAAUAUUAUAAAUAUAGUCUUAAUAAAUAUAGUCUACCAAUACAAAAUUUCCAAGCAGUGAUGGACAACGAAAAACAAAAAUCAACAGAAAAAACCACUAAUUGGAAACAAAACUACUAAUUGGAAAUAAUUCCUAAAACCUUU